AUGUUAGUUCCAAAAUUAAUUAAAGUUAUUUAUCGGCUACAUAUAAAUAACUUAUUUUAUUAUUUAUUAUUAGAGCCCGGAUUUUUAUGCAAAUGCAUAUUUUUUUUGCAAACUUUUCAUGAUGUGUUAUGCACAAAAAACACUGUUUCCGCAAGUUUUGAAAACAUUAGAGGGGGUUUCUAUUUGCAUAUAAUGCAUAUUUUUGCAUAUUCCGGACUUUGUUGCAUAAUGCAUAUUUUACUGCAUAUUUUGAGGUUUUUGGGGAAAAUAUUGCGAAAAUUGCCUAAAAUCCUGCCAAAAAGUGAAAAUUUAGGAAAAAAUUUGUAA